GUCCGGUCCAUCUUUCUCCUGUCGGGCCCCAGGGGCUCGGGGAAGACCGCGACCUUGUACCAUGCCGUCCAUUACGCACGGCGGUCUGGUUGGGUGGUGUUUUUCGUCCCGUCGGCCUUCGAAUACCUUCACGAAGGGGGCUUGAUCCGUCCUUCCCCUUUCUAUCGGGGCUACUUCGACACCCCCGACUUGGCGCAAACGACCUUGCGGCAACUCGGCGAAGCGCACGGACAUCAAUUUGCCUCCCUGCCGUACACCGCGCCUCGGGGUUUGGAAAGCUUGGAGUUGUCGGGCGAGUACACCUGCUGGGACCUGAUGGCUUUGGGGUUGAGUCAGCGGAAAUGGGCCACCACCUGCCUGCUCGAGUUGAAACGGGCCUUGGAGAACCAGGACGCGUACCCGGUGCUCUUCGCGGUGGACGAGGUCUCGGAAUGGUUCUACCCUUCCUCGUAUUUCUACGCGCGGAAAAAAAUCGAGGCUUCCCGCUUGGCAGUGGUGGCCUCCCUCCGAGGCCUCCUCCCCUUCCCUCCCUCCGGCCCAGGGUACGGGAAACAUCACCAACGUUUUGCUUUCUUGGCGGCAUAUUCCCAUCGGUACCCGCGGCGUUCCUACAAAAAAGCCAGCAAGGGAGCCGAAGGACGAAAACGACGCGGAGACCUUCCCCCUUAUCCCCUCCCCCGCUUCCUCGCACCCUACGACGUGCCCCUACCCCCUACCUAUUCCCCCACUGAAUUCCAAGUUUUGUACAACUUUGUCGCCGAUCAGGGGCUCUGGGGACCUCAACCGUCCUUCACCAGCGCCGCCCUGCGACAGGCUCGGAUGAUCUCGGCGGGACAUCCGGGUACCUUUGCGAAGGACGCGGUGGUUUUGGAACGUCGACUGUUUGCUCCGCAAAACCGGGUGGGGAAAGCCUCGGC